CUAAAAAUUUUUCUUUAUCAAAUAACCCAAAGUUUGAUGAUCCUUUAUUCAAUGUUCUUAAAAGAAAAAAAAAAUCAAAAGCAGAAGUGGAAAAUGAUCACCAAAACCACAAAUCAGGUCAACAAAACCUCCUGCUUAAGGGUAAAAGAAAAAAAAAAGAGGAAAGAAAGGUCAACAAAACCUCCAAAACCAACAGCCCCACUAACCAAACUUCUUGUAUAAAUAGAAGCAGCCUUCAAAACAAAGUCUUCAGAGAAAACAAACAUUCAGAUUUUCCCAAAAUGGCAAGGCAACUGCAAAUACUGCAUCCUCCACAAGGCACAGCUCAGAUUGGCAUGGCUGGUGUGAGCCUUCUCUUCUGUGCUUUUGCAUUGUUCAUGUGUGCUUCCCACGCCCGGAAAUGGCGCCGUCGCUGGAAUGCUUGCUUGGAUUACGGCUUUGAGUUUGAGGACCCUGUAAUAGAGCUGAACCAGGAAGCAACGGUUGUGACUACGCACCGAGCGAAUGCCACCGAGCUGGAGAAUGGCAAUGAUGAAAUGUUCUUCAGCAGAGAGCAACAAGCUGCUGUAUGGCAGAAGAACAUACUCAUGGGUGGGAAGUGUCAGCUGCCAGACUUCUCGGGCGUCAUAUUAUACGACGCUGAUGGAAAUGCUGUAACCCCUGCCAAAACUCCCUAUCCGUUACUCACCUGGAAGUGAAGAGACAUAUCGCAAAUUGC